UGGCGGAACACUAAGAAGUGCAGGAGUAUGGCUCCGUCGAAAUAGUGUUGUUGUUCAAAAUCAGAAGAGCUAUUUUGGAGACUUUUAUGACAGUUGUGCAGAAUAAUGUGAUGGUCACUCGAUUGUGAAUUAUGUGGGUCUUCUCACAGCAGUGAGGCAAGUAAAGGAUCAGCAAGGGAGAUAACUAUGGACAGCGAGGAAGAACAUGAUGGGGACCAGCACAAUGCUGCUGUCACCUCCCUAACUGGCUUCCUGUUCGGCAACAUUGAUGAGAAGGGGGAGCUGGAAGAGGACUUCCUUGAUGAGGAAUCCAAGAGACACAUUGGAUCCCUCAGUACCCUGGGAGGAAUUGGGUCAAUGGUGAAGGAGCUGACUCAGGAUGCUAGUGUUGCCAUGGACACUGCUGCAGGCGGCAGCAGCGACGACAGUGGAUCAGAGGACUAUUUUCAAAAGGCUCCAAAUGCUGUUGACUUCUCCGACAUCAAUGAGACUGCUGAAGACUCAUAUGAAGAUAGUGGGGCCCGGAUGCGAGAGGCGAUGGGGUCUUUCCACAUGAGACAUGACAGUAAAGAUGAAGAUUAUGAUGACACCGAGUGUGACAGGAAGCUGAUGCCACCACCGUCAUGGCUGCCAGGCCAUGGUAUGUCCGGCCAACCAGAUGGACUGCAUCAUGACCCAACUCAUCUGUCGCCAGUCAAGUCCACUCACAGUCCGGACAAGAGUUCUCCCAAGUCCGACUCUCUGUCACCAGGCUCCAAGCUGAAGACCCCCCUGGCAGACAUGUUGCCUCCACAACUGUCUGAGGUGGAUGUGACCACUAUCUUCCCUGAGUUUAGGCCUGGCAAGGUGUUGCGGUUCUCUAGGCUGUUCAAGCCCGUGCACACACCCCAUGUCUGGAAAAGGAAGAGGAAGAAACGGGAGGAAGACUCUAAAGAGUCUAAGGAUGACCAGAAAGGGGAUGAGGAUCAGAAGGAUGAGAGAGAGGAAGAUCCCUACCACCAGCCAGAUGGAGGACACGCUGAUGGACAUAUGGACAGACCAGUGUUCAGGGACAGGGUGUUUGAGGAUGAUGAGGAUGUCGUAAUCACACCCAACUUUGGUCGCGAAGCCAAGUCUGAGGAGGUUGAGUCUGAUGAUGAGGAGAAGAUGCUUAAGCCCAUGGAACAGAUCAUAUCUAAGUCUACCCAGGAUGGAACCACAGACUUUGAGCAGAAGAUGGAGGUGGCGCCAUGGCGGUAUGGCCCCGCCCAGCUGUGGUAUGAUCGUCUCGAAGUAGAUGAAACAGGAGACGGAUUUGACUAUGGAUUUAAGAUGAAACAGCCUGACGAAGAGCCAGAGAAAGAGAUGGAUCCGCUAGAAAUCUUCUCCCAGGAGACAUUCCUGAUGGUGACGCAGGUCCACUGGGAGGAUGACAUCAUCUGGAACGGCGAUGACUGCCGCCAGAAAGUGUUACAGUCUCACAAGGCUAGGGCUGCAGCUGCUGGCUGGAUACCCAGCACCAACAACAGAACUGCUGGACAGUUCAUCCAACAAGCUCGGGGUUUAAAUACUUCUUUAAUUCAGAAGCCAGGUGCAAGUGUUUCAACCAAAUUGUUCCCAGGACAGAAAGAAGGUGAAAAUGGAGACAACACCUGGUAUUCCAUCUUCCCUAUUGAGAAUGAGAGUCUAGUCUACUCUAACUGGGAGGAUGAUAUCAUCUGGGACGCUGAGUGCAUGGACAAAAUCCCAACUCCUCCAGUGCUGACCCUUGACCCCAAUGAUGAGAACAUAAUUCUGGAGAUCCCAGCAGACAGAGACUCAACGACUGAAAGCGAGCCUGCUAAGAAAGAGAAGGCAGAGACGAAGAAGUCCAAGAUUUUGUUGGGUAAAGCUGGCAUCAUUAAAGAGGAACCAGAGGAGAAGGAGGAGGAGGAGCAGACAAUCCAACGCAAGGAUCCAUUCAACUUGUCUAAUGAUGAGUACUACAACCCGAAGGUGAUGGACAACUCUCUCCGAUCUACCCUGGGCAGCAGUCUCAUACAGCACUCCACACCUGGAGUAGAGCUGCGGCAACCCUUCUUCCCCACCUAUCUGAAUGCCAACAAGAUGCGCUGCUUCCACCGACCGCAGCUGAAGCGGUAUUCUCAUGGCCCUCAGCGAGAGGCAGGUUUCCAUCCUGUACAUCCUCUACUAAAGCAGAUCAGGAGAAAGGCCAAGAUUCGAGAACAAGAGCGUGCAGCAUUUGGGGGUGGAGAGAUGUUUUUCAUGAGAACCAAUGCUGACCUGACUGGCAUGGAUGGAGACUUGAUUCUGGCAGAGUAUGCUGAGGAAUACACUCCCCUGAUGAUGCAAGUUGGCAUGGCAACCAAAAUAAAGAAUUACUACAAAAGGAAACCAGGGAAGGAUUCGAACCCUCCUCAGUUCCCAUUCGGAGAACUGGCUUAUGCCCAUACGUCCCCGUUCCUGGGGAACAUCCAGCCUGGCUCUUGUCUCCAGGCAUUUGAGAACAACAUGUUCCGCGCUCCUAUCUACCAACACAAGACUCCAGAAACAGACUUCCUCAUCAUCCGAACACGCCAGAACUACCAUAUCCGAGAGGUGGACACCAUCUACUGUGUAGGGCAAGAGGGGCCUCUCUAUGAGGUACCAGGACCAAAUUCCAAACGGGCCAACAACUUUGUCAGAGAUUUCCUUCAGGUUUUUAUCUACCGUCUGUUCUGGAAGAGUCGAGAUGAGCCACGUAGGAUCAAGAUGGAGGACAUCAAGAAAGCAUUCCCUUCACACUCAGAGAGCAGCAUCCAUAAGCGUCUCAAAUUAUGUGCUGACUUCAAGAGAACUGGUCUGGACUCCAACUGGUGGGUGUUGAAGCCUGACUUCCGCCUACCUACAGAAGAGGAGAUUCGGGCCAUGGUGUCUGCAGAACAGUGCUGUGCCUUCUAUAGCAUGGUCACAGCAGAACAGAGGCUCAAGGACGCUGGGUACGGAGAGAAGUCUCUGUUUGCUCCGGAUGAUGAGAAUGAGGAGGAGACUCAGAUGAAGAUUGAUGAUGAAGUUCGGACGGCCCCAUGGAAUACAACACGGGCCUACAUCUCUGCCAUGAAAGGCAAAUGUCUUCUGAAGCUGAACGGAGUGGCAGACCCCACAGGGUGUGGGGAGGGUUUCAGUUAUGUUAAAGUCCCCAACAAACCUCAGGCCAAACAGGAGGAACAGAAGGACACUCCGGUCAAACGGACAGUCACAGGCACUGAUGCUGAUCUCAGGAGGCUCAACUUGAAGGAUGCUAAACAGCUGCUGAGGAAGUUUGGUGUGCAGGAGUCAGAGAUUAAGAAAUUGUCAAGAUGGGAAGUCAUUGAUGUUGUGAGGACAAUGUCAACAGAGCAAGCCAAGACAGGGCAGGAGACUGAAAAUAAAGGGGGAGGAUGGAGCAAGUUUGCCCGUGGCAACCGCUUCUCCGUGGCAGAACACAUGGAAAGAUACAAGGAGGAGUGCCAGAGGAUCUUUGAUCUCCAGAACAAGGUGUUGUCCUCUACGGAGGUACUGUCCACAGAUGAGGAGUCAACGUCAGGAGAAGAUUCCGACUUUGAGGAGAUGGGCAAGAACAUAGAGAGUAUGCUGUCCAACAAAAAGACCAGCUCACAGCUGAGCAUGGAGAAGGAGGAGGCUGAGAGGCAGGAACUACAGCGUAUGCUGAUGGGCGAGAACAGCAUAGACAGCAAGGAGAAGAAGAAAGGAGAUUCAUUUGGAAUGGGGAAGGAUGAGGAUGGUCUUCUCUCAACACCAGGUGGCAGGAAAUUGAAGAUAACGCGGACAUUCCGGGACGAGAUGGGAAAGACGUACACAAGGACAGAGAUUGUGAGGAAAUCACAGGUCAUAGACACGUACGUCCGGAUCAGACAGACGAAGGAUCCAACGUUCAUCAAGCAGUUUGCAGCCAUGGAUGACCAGAUGAAGGAGGAAAUGAGAAAAGAAAGACGAAGAAUCCAAGAGCAACUGCGUCGUAUUAAGCGUAAUCAGGAGAAACCUCCUCCGCCUCCUCCGAAGAAGAAGAAAAAAAGGGAGAUGCCCUUGUUGAAGAUGAAGUGUGGUGCCUGCGGCCAGAUCGGACACAUGCGAACCAACAAGGAAUGUCCCAUGUACAACAAGGGAGGCAACUCUGCACCAGUACAGGUGGCUAUGACAGAGGAACAGGAGGAAGAAGAGGAGAAGAACAUUCCUCUGGACAGCAACCUAAUCAACCUGGAGGGAACCAAACUGAAGCUGUCAAAGACUAUCCUUGCUCAUGCGGAGAGCAUUAAAAGGAAGUCUUUGUUGCUGAAGUUCCCUAAACAAGCUGUUGAGACAAAGAAGAAGCGACGCAUAGGGACGGUGGUCCACUGUGACUACUUGAAGAAGCCCAAGCAGUCUUCUAACCGGCGCCGCACUGAUCCAUUGGUUACUCUGGCAACCCUGUUUGAGAGCAUCCUGAAUGAGAUGAGAACUCUGCCCAAUACCCAGCCAUUCCUGUUCCCUGUCAACCCUAAGGAGGUACCUGACUAUCACAAGAUUGUCAAGAGACCAAUGGAUCUUCAAACAAUACGAGAAAAUAUACGUAAUAAGAAGUAUCAUUCGCGAGAGGAGUUCUUGGUGGACAUCAUCCAGAUUGUGGACAACAGCAAGAUGUAUAACGGUGCCCGACAUCUGCUGACCGAGACUUCACAGAACAUGAUGAGCCACUGUCUCAAGAGGUUUGCUGAGAAAGAGCAGAAGCUGAUGCGACUGGAGAAGGCCAUCAACCCUCUCCUAGAUGACAAUGACCAGGUCGCAUUCUCCUACAUCCUCAUCAAUGUUGUCGAGAAGAUGAAGUCAGUUGAAAAUUCAUGGCCCUUCCACCAGCCUGUCAACAAGAAACUGAUCAAAGACUACUAUGAGAUCAUCAAGAAACCCAUGGACCUCAAGAGUCUGCUUCAUAAUGCCCAGACCCAUAAGUACCACACCCGAGAAGCUUUCAUGGAGGACGUAGAGUUGAUCUACACCAACAGCAUGGCAUACAAUGGUGCCGACAGCCCGUUCACUGGCACUGCCAGGAAACUGAUGACCAUAUGUAAGGAGGCUCUAGAUGAGGAGGAGCACCUGCCGCAGCUUGAAAAUGAUAUCGCAGCAUCAAAGGAAGCCGCACUGGAUGCAGCCGAGACUGACAGCGUGAUGACAGGCACGUCGCUCAAGACAGAUGAAAACAGUAUGCUGGGUGGAGACGAGAGCUUUGAUGACAUGUUCUUAGGGGUAGACGAAGAAGGCUUACCCAUCACUAAAGGGGGCAGGUCACUGGAUGGAACCCCCAGCAAGAGGAAGAAGGGGGCCGCGCAUGACGACUCUGACUUGGACUUUGUUGACAUUGAGGGUGACGAUGAUAAUGCUGUUGAUAUGAGAUAUGAUCACCCCAGCACUAGUCAGUUGAGUCAACUGGACAGUUCUAACGCAGAGAAUGACGAGUACCUGGCCCGGGAACUGCAAGGUGCAGACUUUGAUGAGGACCAGGAAGAGGACAUUCUGGGCAAGCUGAGUGAGAGUGAUGGUGAUGAUGAGCCAGGGGAGAACUCCAUGGAGGUGUCACAGUACUUUGCCCAGAGUGAGGAGGCCCAGGACUAUGAUGCAAUGCAGCCAGGCUACUACCAGGCUGGGAACAGUACAAUGGAGGGCCAGCCAAUGGACAUGGGUUAUGAUGAUGAAAACAGUUUUGACCCGACUGAGUUCUUUAUGAGUAGUUCCCUGGCUCAGGCCCAGGUGCAGGUACAACAAGGGAUGCCUACAGACAUCAACCGCGACCUUCAAGUGUCAGAGUCUGAUGAUGAUGAAGCACCACACAUACCUGCUGGCAACCAAGAUGAAGGAUUCGAUCUGGAUUUCUUCUGAAGGCAAAAUCUGUGGUUUCAUAAGGACACUAAACAGCUUACCUUCACAAGACACAGAAAUCAGUUACCUUCUCAAGAUAUGUGUUUUGUUCUUUUGAAGAUUCUGGGUGUAGUGUUUUCGCAAAUGUAAUAGUGGGUUUUCUUCUCAACAUGCAAAGAGGGUUGCCAUCUUGAGAUACAAAGAGGGUUAUCUUAGUAAGUUUGAUUCUUAUGAAAUCACAAAUCUAAAGUUUGGUGUCGUAUCGUAAGAUAAAAAGCGGGUUAUUUAAUGAAGACACAAGGUGGAUUGGCUUCAAAGUUGGUGUUCUUCUUUAGACACAAAUUGAGUUGUUUAUCUGAAGACAAAGUGGGUUAUCUUCUGAAGAGCCAAAUUGGACUCGCUGGUUUUGCUGGGCAUUUCUGUCGCAACAAAUGAAGUGAAUUGAAGCAGAAGAAUCACUCCAAGGGCAACUGAUGUGGUCAAGCGGUCCAACAAUGUCUUAUGUGCCACCAUUCGACUCUUGUGUGGAAGUAAAUUGGGGCAAUUAAGACAAAACUGAAUUUUGACAGCAUCUGAAGGGAGACAACUGCUGAGACAGUUGGACUCAACAGUAUGCAAAUCGCAUACAUAAUUUAAUGACAGUGUGAGCAAAGUGAGUUAUGUGCGUGUAUACCCGUACUGGACAAGGAUCUGACGUUGAGGAUCCAGUAUACCAUACAGACGGGAGCAGUGAACAUGUGUGAACUUCUUUAAGUUUUACUGCUAGUUCAUUGUACCAUCAACCAAAGGCGGUAGAAGUUAUUGUGUUGUGGAGAUAUACAAUAUUCUUAUGAUGUUACAACUGAUGCACAAAGCAAGCUGUACUUGACCUGCUAGUAGAAAUGGCUGUAGAUUCUGGUUUCAAGUGCUAAAAGGGUUUCAAUCAUGAAAAGACGUAUGGCCAAUGUAUGGCAUGGAAUGAUAUGUUUUGUAUCACCAUAUGCUUCAUGAUAAAUUGUGAGUGACUUGAUCCAAUUGUGACUGGCUGUUAGACAAAGGAUGUACGACAGGAUGUGUGACUGAGUAUGGACGAUGGAUGUAUGACUGAGUAUGGAUUGUAUGAUGGAUUCUGUAUGACUGAGUAUGGAUUGUAUGAUGGAUUCUGUAUGACUGAGUAUGGAUUGUAUGACUGUUUCUUUAUGACUUGCUGUAUGAUUAAUGGUGUACGGCAGUCUGUAUGACUAUUGAUUAUUUGACUGAUUCUGUAUGACAGGUGCUAUGUGUAUGGAUUAUAUGACUGAUUCUGCAUGACUGGCUGUAUGACUGAUGGUGUAUGACUGUAUGACAGGCUGCAUGACAAACCAUGAGUAUUGGUUAAUGUAUUUCCAAAGGUGCAGCUUGAGGAUGUUGACAAGACUCCUGAAGCUUGGGUCUCCUGCUGGUCGGUGAGAACUCUCAUUGUAUAUAGUUCAACAGAUCAUUUCUUGUAUUGUAUCUAGUUAGUGGGUCAGCUCUCAUUGUCCAUUGUUUACCAGAUCAGCUCUCCCGUUGUACAUAUAAGCUGUUUGACUGACAUGGUUUAACAGAUCAGUUCUGACACAGUGCUCACAUUAGACAUAGUUUAUCAGAAAGCUGUCACACUGUAUAUAAACUGCUGAUAUGUUGCACUAUUAAAAGGAAACUUCAAAACGUGUAUAUCAUCAGAUUUGUCAUACGCUGUACAAAUUAUUCGUUCUCAUGUUUUGCACUCUCCACAGGUAUCCCAUUCUAUGACUGUUAUAGAGGGUAAAUGGUUUUUUCACAGGUAAACCUCUGUGUUACAGUUAAAAUGCAUGUAUUACUAAUAUUUUUUGUUCAUUCUUGGUUACCAGCAUGAAUACACUGGUUCAUGUGCGACACUGAAAGACCUUCAUUUAUGACUUUCUCUCCUUUAGAAGUGGAGGUGGUGGGGUAGCCUAAUGGUUAAAGUGUUCGCUCAGGCCAAAGACCCAAGUUCAAUUCCCCAUAUGGGUACAGUGUAUGACGCCCAUAUCUGGUGUUACUGUCCAUGAUAAUGCUGGAAUAUUGCUAAAAGUUGUGUAUAACCUUAUUCACUUGCCUUUGGAAGUGCAAGGGUGACCCAGUCAUCUAAAGUAUGAGAUGUGGAGUUGUGUCCCUUAAUCCUGCCAGGAUCUGCUAAGCAUGGUUGGAAAACCAGAUUUUGUUUGUCAGCAUUAUACCUGUAAUUAGGGAUAUUGAGUCAUAAACUUAUAUUACCUGCAUCUCUGUGGUUUUACAAUUUCACUGAAAUUCUAUUCAUAUCAGUGUAAAACCAAAAUUUCACUCAUUUUAUAUUGUGAGAUUCAUCCUCAUGCAGUUCACAACUGCACAUGCAUCUAAUUUCUUUUGUUCCCACACAGUUGCUCAACUCAAAAUUUAAUUCACAUUGUAAUACACUGAAAUUGAUGAUUAAACUUAUGUCAUAUUUGAAGAGUUCAUCCUCAACUGCAAUCAUGUUUUCUAAUGUGCAUAGCUUAUAUAGGAAUGCAUUGGCAAACAAUCACUGGUUGUGUACAUACUGGUUGGUAAUCAUGAUACUGAUCUGGGAUCACAUACCACCCCCAGUUUGGUGAUUAGGUCUCACUUUGUCUUUGUAUUGUCAUAGGAGUCAUUCAUAUGCUGACAUGGUUCUGUACCGUAUAAUUUCUAUUAUAACCAAAUGAAUCUUUAGCUUUAGUUUUGAAUGACUAACACAUGUUAGACAACUUUUAUUUUAUGUUUGAAAUGGUUUGAGUUCAAAUUAAAAAUAAAUUCAUAUAUGUCUGCAUGAAGAAUGGGUUAUUGAAUCACAAGCAAAGAGGUCAAUACAUUGAAAGAUGUUCCAGAUUAGCCAGCUCCAAGUGUGAUUCAAUGUCAUGACAAGCCUUCUUUGCUGAAGAAACGUUUCGUCAUCAUGAUCAAAUUGUGGUGAAACUUGGAUGUCACAUCUAAUGUAUAUUGGCUUACCGAUUCCCAAAAUGCCCUUUCAGGCUGAUACUGUAGAGAAGUCAUCCUGUCACCCAAGAGGGGGAUUAAGCAGCUGAUUAGUUUGCUGGAAUAUGUUCACUGGAACAUGGUUUCUCAUGUCCCAAGAUUCAUGUUGAGAAGAUUCUUCAAAUGUUCUGUACAUUCAUAUCAGACAUUGUUCUAUGAUUAUUGUCAGUGAUGGGUUGUAUGUUGAGAUAUCAUGUUGGAUCCUUUGAUCACCCAGACAGUAAGGUUUGUAUUAUGAUCCUCUGUUACAUGGUGUGUUGAUUUAAUUGUUUUAUUUCUAUUUCAAUCCUCAUUAUUCUAAAUAUCACUUGUGCUUUCGUGGGUCCAUUGCCUGUUGCAAAACUUGUACACAUUUGUUGGUCUUGGUUCACAUAUUUUGGUCAGGGCAGGCAUGAGAAAAAAUUGUGAUAUAUUUCAUUGCUGAAAUGGGAAUUUCAGACUUGGAUGUAAUACAGAGACAGCUCUUGGGUAUCAUAUUGUUUCUACUUCCAUGAUUUUAUGGGUCAAGGGGUCCAUACAGUGAUUAAUGAUAGUAAAAAUACCUUUUCCUCAAUGUGAUUUUAUUUCAUAGCAUUCAGUUUUGAUAAUUCAGUAUUGAAAAUAGCAUCAAAUCAUGAUUUAUUUACCUGCUUUUGCAUCUCACUACCAGAGGUAGUUUGUGUAAGAGAGUAAUCUAUACCGAAACAUGGCUGAAAUUCAUGCUUAUGAUUUGUCACAAUCACACUGUAUCGUGUUGUGCAGAUGGAAUAUGUUUGUCUAAAAGUAAUCUAAUAAAUUAUUUAUAAGUACA